AUGGCGACACAACAGCAAUCGUAUAACGAUAAAAAAGACACGCACAGUGAAUACGAAAAUGAAGCAUUUCAGAAAGCGAAAUUUGCGAAUGGAAUUCCUAGCUCGAAACAGCCAGUGAACAACGGUCAACCACAGAAAAUCAAAGAUACAAAUAAUGCCGGUCGUUACUUGUAUCAGUAUGAAUUUAUCAACGAUUUUGGUGAAGAGAUAUCCAUUCGAUUGGACAAUGCAGUGGAUUACCAAGAUUCUAAUCCUAAUCAAGGACCACAUUAUAAUGCUGGACCAAAGGGAGGUAAACUUAAACAACAUCAUUACUUUAAAAAAUAUAAUAACUAA